AUGGCUACCCAGAGCGCCAUCGUUGUCCAAGAGCCAGGCCGCGCCGUGCUAUGCCGGGAUGUUGCUAUUCCUGACGUCCCGGAAGACUAUAUUCUCGUCAAAACAAAAGCAGUGGCUCUGAACCCCACGGAUUGGCGUCACAUCGAUUAUGUUUCCUGCAACGGAGCUACUGUGGGUUGUGACUACGCUGGCGUGGUAGAAGCAGUUGGCUCUAAAGUUACAAAGCCAUUUCAAAAGGGCGACCGAGUGGCAGGGUUCGUGCAUGGCAGCAAUGCAGUUCGUCCCAAUGGCGGUGCAUUUGCUCAGUACGUGAUUGCCAAGGGAGACCUGCAAAUUCGCAUACCCGAUAGCAUGACCUUUGAGGCUGCAGCUACAUUCGGCGUUGGUUUGACAACUGUUGGUCAAAAUCUUUACCAAAGCAUGGAAUUGCCCUAUCCGGGCGAGGAAAGCGAGGAGGAUGAAAUGAAUAUCCUCAUUUAUGGAGGCGCAACCGCCACCGGCACUCUCGCAAUCCAAUUAGCCAGGUUGUCCGGACUCCGAGUAGUGACAGCAUGCUCUGAAGCAAACCGCAGCUUGAUGUUUGAGCUCGGCGCGCACGCGGUCUUUGAUUACCAUGAUCCACAAGUCGGCGAACAGAUCAAGGAGGAUACCGACGAUGCUCUUGAAUUUGUGCUAGACACCAUCUCCACGCCUCAAUCAGCAGCGAUAUGCAGUGCUGCAAUUUCAUCUGCGGGAGGAUCCUACAAUGCCCUUCUUGAUGUUAAAUCUGCUCGAGAUGAUGUCGACUCCCAUGUUUCAAUGGCAUAUGAUGUGUUGGGCGACCCCUACCGCAUGAGUGCGCAGGAAAUCACGCCCGAUGGCAGUAACCCGGAAUUUGGAAUUAAGUGGUGGAACGUUGUGCAGAAGCUCCUUGAGGAUCGCAGGAUCCAGCCCCAUCCAUACCAGAUCAAGCCCGGUGGCUUGGAGGGAGCCUUGACCGGCCUACAACUGCUACGAGAAGGCAAGAUCCGAGCUAGCAAACUGGUGUAUCAAGUUGAGUCUUCUUGA